AUCUGCAACUUUCAAAUUUGCAACGCUUCUUUCACCUGUCUUCUCUGUUGAUACCACACAAGGGAGAGAGAUCUGACUGAAAAAGUUGGCCCGCCGAUUACCGCUGAGCUAGACUAGCUCCGGCAGCCGUCACUUUGGGCAGACAAACAUGGUGGAUCCGGCGAGCACGCCGCUUGGCAAAAUGCUGUUGGAGGAGAUCACUCCCGUGGUCAUGGUCCUCUGCACACCGAAUGUCGAAGAAGCAUGCCUCAAAAAUGGCCUCUCCUUCGUUCAAAUGCUCACUCCUUUCUGCAACUUCAACAACAUUGAUGCAGUGCUAGUUCGUACAGCUAGUGAUCAGCCGUACAGGCUGCAAAAGUUCAAGCUGCGGCUGUUUUACGCGUCGGAUAUUCGGCAGCCGAAUCUGGAGGUAGCAGAGGAGAGGUUGAAGCAGGUUAUUACCCAGGCUGGAGAGAGAGAUUUUUCUGAAUUGUCUAUAGAUCCACCUCAUGUUGAUGAUUUGGUCUCUCGAUCUGAACCUGAAAUUUUGCCCUCAUGGUUUCAAGUUUUCAAUAAAGAGCUCAUACGUACCUUGUCAUUUUCAGACCAUGAAGCUUUUGACCAUCCAGUGGCAUGUCUUUUGGUUGUUUCUUCGAAGGAUGAAGAACCCAUAAACAGAUUUGUUGAUCUGUUCAACACAAAUAAAUUGCCCUCUCUUCUUAAUGAUGGCGUGAUGGACCCAAUGAUUUUGAAGCAUUACUUAUUGUUACAUGAUAACCAGGAUGAGACUUCAGAGAAAGCAACUAAAAUUUUGACAGAAAUGAGAGGUACAUUUGGUCCUAAUGACUGUCAAUUACUUUGCAUUAAUUCUUCUAAAGAUGGGCCAUUGCAACAUCAGGAUAACCCUUGGUCUCAAUUUAAGUUGGAUGCUUUGCCUGGUCAGCAUCUUGGUUGUUUCCUUAAUAUUGACGACUUUAAUGAGAUAAAAGAUAUCCUGCAAGAAUUAUCAACUAAGCACAUCAUUCCUUACAUGGAGCAAAAAAUACAUGUGCUCAAUCAGAAGGUUUCUGCUACACGGAAAGGAUUUAGAAAUCAAAUUAAAAACUUAUGGUGGAGAAAAGGGAAGGAAGAUGAAUUAGAUUCCCUCAAUGGUCCUAUAUACACCUUCAGCUCAAUUGAAUCUCAAAUUAGAAUUUUGGGUGACUAUGCAUUCAUGUUACAAGAUUAUGAUCUGGCAUUGUCGAACUAUCACUUAAUUUCCACAGAUUACAAGCUUGAUAAAGCAUGGAAGCGGUAUGCUGCUGUUCAGGAAAUGAUGGGGCUUACAUACUUCUUGCUGGAUCAGUCAAGAAAGGAAGCAGAGUCUUGCAUGGAAAAUGCAUUUGAUACUUAUUUAAAAAUUGAGUCAGCCGGUCAGCAGAAUGCUACACGGUGUGGUCUCUGGUGGAUAGGGAUGCUGAAGGCUAGAGAUCAGCACAAAGAAGCUGCCACUGUCUACUUUCGCAUUUGUGGUGAGGAUCCUUUACAUUCGGCUGUUAUGCUUGAGCAAGCAUCUUACUGUUACUUCUUUUCAAAACCGACAAUGCUGCACAAAUAUGGAUUCCAUCUUGUUCUUUCUGGUGAUCAUUAUAAGAAAUGUGACCAGGUUAAACAUGCUAUUCGCACAUAUAAGAGUGCAAUUUCUGUCUACAAGGAGACUACGUGGGACCAUAUCAAGGAUUAUGUUCAUUUCCACAUUGGACGGUGGUAUGCUUUUCUUGGCUUGUAUGACAUUGCUGUCAUGCAUAUGUUGGAAGUCUUGGCCUGCAGCCAUCAGUCCAAGAAAAAUCAGGAACUAUUUCUGAGGGAUUUUCUUCAAAUUGUUCAGAAAACUGGGAAGACAUUUGAGGUAUUUAAACUUAAGUUACCUGUUAUCAGCAUAUCAUCACUGAAGGUUAUUUUUGAAGACCAGCGAACUUAUGCAUCACCUGCUGCUGCUAGUGUCAAAGAAAGUAUAUGGCAUUCAUUGGAGGAAGACAUGGUUCCAUCAUUGACCACUGCCAGGUCUAACUGGCUAGAGUUACAGUCAAAGCUUAUGCCAAAAAAAUAUAAAGAAUCAAAUAUUUGUGUGGCAGGAGGUAUGAAGAUCCCUUUUCUGAAACAAUCAAGUCAGCAGUUAGAGGUUGUUUUGAUUUGGGAGACAGGAGACCCAGAGGCCAUAAAAGUGGAUGUUGAAUUUAGAAACCCUCUGCAAAUCUCUAUCUCGAUUUCGGGUGUUUCUUUGAUAUGUGAGCUUUCUGCAAGUCCUGAAGAAAUGAAAUCUGAUGCUAGUAGCUCAGCCAUUGAGCUCCAGAAUGAUGAGAACAAAAAUUCAAGAACCAGUGUGGACAUUAUCUCACCAUUUAUUUUGUCAGAAGUUGACUUUACAUUAGCAGGGGGAGAAACCAUCUUGGUGCAACUAACAGUAGCUCCAAGAGUGGAAGGCAUCCUAAAAAUUGUUGGUGUUAGGUGGAAAUUAUCAAGUUCUGUAGUUGGUUUUCAUAAUUUCGAGUCCAACUUUCUGAACACAAAAAUUGUAAAAGGGAGGAACUCCAAGCAUUCUCCUAUCAAUGAAUUAAAAUUUAUGGUCAUCGAGAGUCUUCCCAAGCUUGAGGGUUUCAUUCAUCCUUUUCCAGAAAGUACUUAUGUUGGAGACUUGCGGCCCCUUGUUUUGGAGUUAAGGAACCAAUCAAAAUAUCCUGUGCAGAAUCUUAAGAUGAAGAUCAGCCAUCCCAGAUUCCUUGUUAUUGGGAAUCAGGAAGAGUUGAAUAUCAAAUUUCCCACUUUUUUGGAGAAGACGAUAAAUGUUGAAACUAAUGGUGGGCUUGCCAAAUCUAACACAAUAUCUCAGGGAGUAUUUUCAUUUCCAGAGGACAUAAUGGUUCUGGAGGAAACACCAUUACGGUGGUCUCUUUGGCUUCGAACUGCUGUUCCUGGAGAUAUUUCUUUCUACAUAACAGUAUAUUAUGAAAUGGGAGAGGUAUCAGGUGUCAUGAGAUAUCGCAUUCUACGCAUGCAUUAUAAUUUGAAGGUGUUGCCAUCUCUUGAUGUGUCAUUUCAAAUUAGUCCUUGCCCAUUGAGAAUGCAAGAGUUCCUCUUGCGCAUGAAUGUUCUCAACCAGACUAGUUCAGAGAGUUUCCAGGUUCAUCAGCUGUCAUCUGUUGCAAAGCAGUGGGGUAUCUCAUUACUUCAGCCUGUUGAUGGUGUCUUACCUUCUCGAUCUUUAUUCCCUCACCAAGCAUUGUCAUGUUUCUUCAUGCUUAAGGAUCACAAGUCAUUGACUUCAGAAAACAGAAUUUCGUCUCCAUCCCUUCACCUUGAAAGUGAUGUAAAAUUGGGUCCUCAGAGUGAUGAUGAAACCCUUUAUGAAGUAUCUAGAUUGCCUUUGGCUGAUUUCCACAACUGUGAAAGAUUGCACCAGGGCACAUUGCAGCAGGGCAUUCAACAUAGAGUUGACUUCAUUUUGAUCUCUCGGCUGCUGAGAAGUAAUAUACAUGCUGGGGCUUCUGAUCUACAUCUCUUUUCCCAUCAUGCGUGCCAUUGCAGUCUUUCAAGCAAAAGUCCAAUAUCAUGGCUAGUAGAUGGGCCUCGGACCAUAUGUCAUGAUUUUGCAGCUUCUUUUUGUGAAAUUAAUGUAAGGAUGACUAUUAGCAACUCAGCAGAUGGUGUUGUAUCUGUCCAUGUCAACCCUUCUGAUUCCCACAGCAGUGGUGGCCAGUCGAGCAAUGCUGCAGCAGCAGCUCAUCACUCAGAAGACCAAGCAGGAUGGCAUGACAUUCCUGUAGCGAAAGAUAUUAAAGUCACAUCUGAUGUUCUUGCAACACAAGCCGGAAAAUCAAUGUCCCUAGAAAGUGUAUUGCCGUUCAUUUGGUCAGGAUCAAGCUUCACCAAGGUCCUUAUUGAGCCAAAAUCGACAGUUGAAGUUCCUCUUCAGAUUUGUGUUUUUGCUCCAGGAACUUAUGAUCUUUCAAACUAUGUUUUGAAUUGGAAUCUUGUGCCAGCUAGUAGUGAUGAAGGAAAUCUAGGGGAACAAAAACCAUCUUCAGGAGUAUGCCAAGGAUAUCCUUAUCAUCUUACUGUCCUGCAAUCUACUUGAAAUUAGGGCUUGGUUUUGCGUGGUUUGGUCGGCUGUUAGCGACAAGAUCUUGACUGUUGUAAUUUUGUAACUACGAAUUGUAAAUUACGGUGCUUCGUUGUAAUUCUUACGAUGAUAGGAAUUAGAGAGAGCAUAGUGACAGAAGAUGGAAUGUUCAUUUUGGUUUUCAUCAUAACGAGUGCAAGCAAUGUGAAACGAAAUUGAAUUCAUUCUAUCAUACGUGAUGCACUAGAACCCACAUUUGUUGAAUAGAAGAAUUAAGUCAUA